AUGAGAGAACGUGGUGAAUUAAUUAAAAGAUUUGGUAAAUGCCCAAUUUGUGAAACCAUUCAUAAAAGUGAACCUAUUCCUAAAAAUGAUGAUUGUGGAUAUCCUACACAUUGUUCAUAUGAACAUUAUAAUUUAGAUUUAAUGCAACAUAAAAAUUUGAUUUGUAAUAUGUUGAGAGAAGUUAAUGAAGAUGAUCAUGAUUUAAGAAGUGGAAGAAGAAUGGUAGAAUUUGAUUUUCCAAGUGCCCAACCUUUAGAUGAACAAGUAAAUCUAUCAAAUUGGGAUACUUUCUUUUAUACCAGAGGAUUUCCUAGUUUGGAUUCAAAACGUUCUUUAAGACACGUUUCUAAAUUAUUAACUUAUCCUAUAACGAUCGCUUCCACACUUCAUCAAUAUGGUCCUUAUACCACUCGUGAUAGAUUAACUCACGAAGGAUUAAAAUCUUUAACUGAAGCAUUAAGUCAAGAUAUAAAAACACUUAGGCCAGAAGAAGAAAUCAUAAGAAUUUUCAUUUUAGAUGCGAAAGCGGAAGCCCAAUUACCAUUAUAUUUAUAUAAUCAAAUUUCUUAUUUAUUUCCUGGGGUCCCAUUUCAUAUACAUUUCGUAGGACCUCAAGCUUUACCUAAAGGAGGUGAACCUCAUACCACACAUUAUAAUCAUCGACUUUCUUUUACUUGGGGAAAUAAUUUGUUUAAUGUUGUUGAUGAACAUGAAGGAUCCAGUUAUUUCAGUAUGAUGGGACCAUUUGAUCCUUAUAGUGAUGUAUUUUUCUUAUUUAGUCCCGGAAUCGGUCAAAUAAGUCAAAAACGAAUAUGGAAAAAGAUUUUAAGAAAAUUAUUAAAAACCAAAUGUUCAAUAUUUAUUACGGGAUUUGAUGAGAAUGAUUUAAAAACCGAAGUCUUGGCUAUCGAAGGGGAUGAAGAUUAUGAAUUUGAUUGGUUAUUACAUCCAGCUUCAGUUUUAGCAACAACUCUUAUCACUUGUGUUUCACUUUCCUCUUCAAUUAUUUCUUUGGCAUAUUUUAUGAUUGAAUACCAUACACAAGAAUUACCUUUCGUACAUGUAAAUCAUAUUCAUCCUCGAGAUCUAGCACAAAGAAAUUUUUAUGCUCUUCAUAGACCUUUGUUAUCUUUUAGUAAUGAACAAUUACAGCAAACUAGUUCAGAAAGUGUUCAACAAGAUUGGGAAGAAGAAGGAGAUUUUGAAGAAGAAAAUCUUACCAUAGUAUCUUCUAACACAACUCCUCUCACAAGUCCACUUUCUCCUUAUUUAACUUCAUCCCCAUUUCAUCCCACUCAACCAUCAGUAUCAAUAACACCAGCUGAAUCAAAAAUAAUUGCAAACAAAUUUUUGGAUGAAAUAGAAUCAAAAUUGUAG